CGUAAGUCCGUCAGAGCUAGUCGACGGUUGCAAAUGGCGACAGCCACGAAGUCUCUGACACGGGCUCGCGAAUAGUUCCACGCCUACCGUGCGCCCCGCGACCGAGCCGUGCGCGAACGCAACCCUAGCCCAGAUUGGUAGUUUUAAACAAAACAACGCAAAAUGCCGGCCGUCAGAGGAGAUGGUAUGCGUGGAUUGGCGGUUUUCAUAUCGGAUAUCAGGAAUUGCAAAAGUAAAGAGGCUGAAAUCAAGAGAAUUAAUAAGGAACUAGCAAACAUUCGCAGUAAAUUUAAAGGAGAUAAGACACUCGAUGGAUACCAGAAAAAGAAAUAUGUCUGCAAGCUGCUGUUCAUUUUCCUUCUUGGCCAUGACAUUGACUUUGGGCACAUGGAAGCUGUCAAUUUACUUUCAUCAAACAAAUAUUCCGAAAAACAAAUUGGUUAUCUUUUCAUAUCGGUCUUAGUGAACACCAACAGUGAUCUGAUCAAGUUAAUCAUACAAAGCAUAAAGAAUGAUCUCGCAUCGCGUAAUCCAAUUCACGUCAACUUGGCAUUACAAUGCAUUGCUAAUAUUGGUAGCAAGGAAAUGGCAGAAGCUUUUGGGAAUGAAAUCCCCAAAUUACUUGUCUCAGGAGAUACUAUGGACGUGGUGAAACAGAGUGCUGCGUUAUGCCUGUUACGACUACUACGGACCGCUCCUGAUGUUGUACCUGGCGGUGAAUGGACAUCGCGCAUUGUUCAUCUGUUAAAUGAUCAACAUCUGGGCGUUGUAACGGCCGCGGCGUCGCUUAUAGAUGCUCUUGUAAAAAGGAAUCCUGACGAAUACAAAGGCUGCGUUAGCCUCGCAGUUUCGAGAUUAAGUAGAAUUGUCACAUCAAGUUACACAGAUUUGCAGGAUUAUACAUAUUAUUUUGUUCCGGCCCCAUGGUUGUCUGUCAAGUUGCUACGCUUGUUGCAAAACUAUACGCCACCAGCUGAAGAUCCAGGUGUAAGGGGCAGAUUAAACGAAUGUCUAGAGACGAUAUUGAAUAAAGCUCAAGAACCACCAAAGUCAAAGAAGGUCCAGCAUUCGAACGCAAAAAAUGCUGUACUCUUUGAAGCCAUUAGUUUAAUUAUUCAUAACGAUAGUGAGCCAAAUCUUCUAGUACGGGCAUGCAACCAACUCGGUCAAUUUUUAUCGAACCGCGAGACUAAUUUGCGAUAUCUCGCACUUGAAUCUAUGUGUCAUUUGGCUACUUCGGAAUUCUCACACGAAGCUGUAAAGAAACACCAGGAAGUGGUUAUUCUGUCGAUGAAGAUGGAAAAGGAUGUUUCCGUGAGACAGCAAGCGGUAGAUCUGUUGUACGCUAUGUGUGAUAAAAGCAAUGCCGAGGAGAUAGUGCAGGAAAUGUUGAAUUAUCUGGAAACGGCCGAUUACUCGAUUAGAGAAGAGAUGGUUCUUAAGGUAGCGAUUCUAGCCGAGAAGUACGCGACUGACUACACUUGGUAUGUCGAUGUUAUUCUGAAUCUAAUCAGGAUAGCGGGUGAUUACGUCUCCGAGGAAGUUUGGUAUCGAGUUAUCCAAAUCGUUAUUAAUCGAGAUGAUGUCCAGGGUUAUGCUGCGAAGACCGUAUUUGAGGCAUUACAAGCGCCCGCUUGUCACGAAAACAUGGUUAAAGUUGGCGGUUACAUACUUGGAGAGUUCGGCAAUCUUAUCGCUGGUGACCAACGAUCCUCCCCAGCUGUCCAGUUUCAACUGUUACAUUCCAAAUAUCAUUUGUGCUCUCCUAUGACUCGAGCAUUGCUGCUUUCAACAUACAUAAAAUUUGUCAAUCUAUUCCCUGAAAUUCGAAGUCAGAUACAGGAUGUCUUCAGGCAGCAUAGUAAUCUACGUAGCGCGGAUGCUGAAUUGCAGCAGAGAGCGUCGGAGUAUUUACAAUUGAGCAUCAUUGCCUCAACUGAUGUCCUGGCCACUGUAUUGGAAGAAAUGCCGGCGUUCCCUGAAAGAGAGUCCUCCAUCCUCGCCGUUUUGAAGAAAAAGAAACCGGGCCGCGUACCGGAGAAUGAAAUUAGAGAGAGCAAGAGUCCGGCGCCAAAUGCUAAUCAUCACGCUGAAGCUCCCAGCGCUCCUCCGGUCGCGGCAGUUAACAAUUCUUCCGCCGAUCUACUGGGACUAUCGACUCCACCUUCCUCUCAACCGUCUAGCAACACAGGCGUGUUGCUCGACGUACUGGGCGAUAUUUACAAUAUGCCAAACAAAGUUGGCGCUACCAAUGGCGCACAAAAUACAUACAAUCCUAAAAAGUUUGUAUGCAAGAACAAUGGUGUCUUGUUCGAGAAUGAUUUAAUACAGAUUGGUGUAAAGUCGGAAUUUAGACAAAAUCUUGGACGCAUUGGUCUUUUCUAUGGAAACAAAACACAGUACGCACUGCACAGUUUUCAACCGCAACUAUCGUGGUCAGACGAGAAUCAAGCUAAAUUGGCUGUACAAGUAAAACCUGUUGAUCCCAUAUUGGAAGCUGGUGCUCAGAUCCAGCAAAUGAUCAAUGCGGAAUGCAUUGAUGACUAUAACGAUACACCGAGCAUGCUUAUCUCUUUUAUUUACAACAAUGUGCCACAAAAAAUCACAAUGAAGUUACCAUUAACAAUUAACAAGUUCUUUGAACCGACGGAGAUGAAUGGAGAAUCAUUCUUCGCAAGAUGGAAAAAUCUCGGCGGAGCGAAUCAACAACGCUCACAAAAAAUUUUCAAAGCGCAACAACCGAUGGAUUUAACGCAAGUGCGCACGAAAUUGCAAGGAUUUGGGAUGCAAUUACUCGACGGCAUCGAUCCCAAUCCCGAUAACUUUGUCUGCGCUGGUAUUGUUCACAUGAGGGCGCAGCAAGUUGGCUGCCUGUUGCGUCUUGAACCUAACAAACAAGCUCAGGUAAAGAUGUUUCGUUUAACGGUACGUUCAAGUAAAGAAUCGAUGUCGGUAGAGAUCUGUGACCUGCUGGUGGACCAAUUUUAAACGGCCUAGCAGGCGUAAAUAUUGUCGAGAAUUUAGCACCGCGUCGUGAGAGGGCAUAUCGUCGAAAGAGGAUAUCAUCUCGCGUCGUUCCAAAAGAUACUGAUCAUUAUUUGUUAAGAAAUAUUUGCGUUGUACCCAAGCUUACACUCACGCUCUUGUAAAAGAUCUAUAUCUUUGUGUAGGUAGCUCCACGCCAUUAUAUAUCAUUUUUAUCAAAAAGGUAUAAAUUUCAAUUGGGAUUAUCGAGAUCAAUCAUGUGUAUAGAAAGAACGAGGGACAUGUGUGUAAAAUAGCUAUGAGAGACAGUAUUAACUCAUAAUUGAAAAUGAUAAAGUGCAGGAUUAAUUUUAGAUGGCUCUGUAUCUUAUAUUGCAAUCUACACUUUAUAGAAAUCAAGCGUGAAAACGGAACAAAGAGAGAAGAAAGGAAUAAUUAAAUACUUUAGCUAAAUAAUAUGCAUUAUAGAGCCACUCGAGCCGCAUCAUAGAAACAAAGUAUGUAUUUGAGUUUUAUAAUACAGGUGUUCUCCUAUAUAUCUCUAUACUAGUUUUUAAUAUCAGUAAAUCAUUAUCAGAUCGUUAAGAGUGAAACACUUGUUGGUAUAUGAACAUCUCUAUUAUAUCAAUUUACAUCUACGUGUUAAACUCCGUUCCUGAUUUAUGAGAAUUAUUCACAUUGAUAUUUCACGAUGAGAUUGCCGCGUAAGUGAGAGUAGUUUGGGCACAAUGACAGUAGUUGUAUAAUAUUAGCUGUUUAUCACUAGAUACUUCUAUAUUUAACGGAGCUGCGAAUUAAUUAUUGUGUAAUUAGUAGUUUAUAUUUAAUAGCUCCCUGUUUUUUUUGUUUUUUUCGGUUUUGAAUAUCCUAGAUUUUCUAUUUCAUUGAUGUUGAUGUGUAAAUCCAUGGCUGGUCAUUUCUACAUUUGUAAAACGAGAUUCCAAUGAGAGAUAUAGUGUAUUCUUAAUAUGUUAAUUGAAUUCUAAAUGUUCGCAGGUUAACAAUUUGUAAUUUGUAGAAAUACGUUUUAUUAUUUUCUUAGAAUUUUGCGUAAGAUGUAUAUUUCAGUAGAAUGUACACUCUGUACAGAUUUAUGUGUUGAAGUUUUGUGAAAUGCGUUUUAUAAUAUUAACAACGGGAGCAGCUCUAAGUAUGAUUUAAAUGUCUUUGUAAUGGUCGGUGACGCGUCGCCGACUUACGAAGCUUUACACAAUUGUAUAUAUGAAAUUUCAAUUAAUUACAAAUGGCUAUAAACAUUUAUGAGAUACAGCUUACACUACUUGUAGCCAUAUACAAGCUCAAAUUCUAUUCAUGAUUAUCGUUUAUGCUUUAUUUUACAAGGAAGUAAGAUGUAUAUUCUUCAUAUUCAUAUAGUGUAAAUCUAUGUCUAAUGUUCCCAUCAUAUUCCUUUCUUCCUUAGAAUAUAUAUUAGCCAUAUUUUAAUUAAGUACGGGUCGAGAGAAUGCGGCGCUAUCAGUUUUUUACUCCUUGAUUUUUAGUACGUAAUUAAAUUUUAUUAUCCCUUUUCUUCUAUUCUAAGAUAUAUAUAUAUAUAUAUAUAUAUUUUACGGUACGACAGAGUUUGGAUACUUUAUUCUUAGACUUACAAUUGUAAUCGUCGCUGAAUCAUAAGCAAUGUAAAACGAAACUUGGGCAUUUUGUAUUUUUAUUCCCUUUGUUAUCAUAGAACAGUUAAGAUUUCACACAAAAAUUGUUAUAACAGUAUAACAUUUCUUUUAACCUGAAUUAUCUUGUAAAAUUUAAACCACGUUUUUUAAUAGCAGUAAGCCAAGUUGAAAAUAUCUAUAAAUUAUUAUUAAUGUGAUAAUUAACUGUCUAAUAUCGUAAUAGAUUUUUUGUCUUUCGUAAGAGUGUAAGUGUAAUACAUGCGAAAUUCGUAAUUUGUAGUCUGUAUGCCAAUAAUAUAUAUGUUUUUUCUCAUAAUUUUAUUUACAAUUAAAAAUACUAAUAUAUAUCGUAAUUUUUACGCGCAAUAAUCAACUUUCGUCAAUGAGUCUCACAGCAUGCAUAAGUUUCUGUUGCUUUAUCGAGCUUUGUUCUUCCGAAUUUUAGGCUUAUCCCAAAAAACAAACUGAUUAACGUAGACUCUCGACCACUGUUGAUCACCAGUCAUGGAUUUACGAGAAAACAAAUAUAAUAUUCGAUAUAAUUGUGUUUUAAGGCAGUCAACGAGAUUUAUAAUAACGAUAUUCCUUCGUCCGCGUUUAUUAUAAUAAAGAGAGUCAUGUUGCGCUUAGAUUUAAAAGGUCUACGCAUGAUCCAACGAUUUGCGUAGCAAAAGACUAUUGAAAUUGCAUGUCAAUUGAGCUGUUACGACGUGAAUACAAAUACGUCAGAAAAAUGUGCAAAAUUCACGCAAAUCGAUUGAUCGUGCCUGAGCCACUUUACAUUCAAAAUGAAAGUUACGUUAAUAUAUACAGUACACGUAUCUUCAUAUUAUAAAUACACGAAUUAUAUAUUAAGAGAAAUGUGUGAUGACACACAGUUGUUAGAUUAUUAUGCGGCGAUGCUCCGAUCGACUGUUGAUCGUGUAAAAUCGAAGUCGUCGGUGUCGUUACGAUUCGAUAUUCGAAUGCAACAUGCACUGAAUAUUCGUAAUUCGAAUAUCUCGAAUGGUACGAUUCAUGUAAUUCAUUGUUACGCCUACUGUAGAAUUUACGAUUAUUUGGCGAACUGAAUAUACUUGCAAGGUCAUGCAAACAGACAUAAUAUAAAGAGAAAUUGAUAGAUAUGAAAAAAA